AGCGUAGUUUCUCCCUUCUUGUCUUCCGGGGGUGGAGAGGGCCUGAACUACAGCUGCGUCUCUACAGCGCACGCCCUUGGCCUCAUGGGUUAGGACUGUCUGCGCAGAUGACAAGCUGAGCUUCUUUCGACCGGUUUCCCGGGAUUUCUUGAGAGGAUGAGAUGGGGUGGCGGUCGAGACCUGGGACCCUGGCUGCUGCCGUUUAGGUCGCUAAGAGCCAGCCCCACCGCCGAAAUCCUUCCUGUACGCUCGGCUUCCCGGCUUUCAGAGCACACCCCCUCCCCCCCGCCAAAGAAGACACCGACUCGUCUCGCGGUCACUUACCCCGGCCCUUUUUUUCCCUCAGUCCUCAGCCCCUUCCCUAGCCCAUCCCUGAGCCCGACGCUCCAGCCGGCCCCUAACUUUCAAAGCAGACGCGGGGCUGGAGGAGAGAGUUCUGCCUGAGAUGGGACUUAGACUCCUUGGGAACCUUGAUUCCCAGGGAAGAAUGGCAGUGACCCCUCAGGGAUUGGGGACCAAUCAGGCAGCCUAGAAAGAGGGUGAUUAUACAAACAGAUGUAAAAGACCCACUUAACAACAUGUGUGAACCUGUCUACAAGGCGGAAUAUGAGGUGCGAAGAAUCCAGUUUCAACCGAGUGGUGUUACCAGAAAAAGAUGCCAUCACAAUGUUGGUUUGUGUUUAUUUUCCAUUGACCUUAUGGGUGAAGAUAUCCUUCACCCUUACUCCAUCUGAAUAUGUUCCAACCCGUCCGAUGUUGCAUCACCAGGUUUUGAGAUAUGGAGAUCUCUACAGGGAUUUGGAGAGGAGUCCCAAUAAUUAUUAAAAUUCUGGACUAGAUCUACUAGAAAAGGUAGAUGGAGUAUAAGGCCCUUGCCCAACAAACUGUGCAAGAAAUUUUAGGUUACUAUCAAGAUACAUCAGGCUGGAAACUGAAUAAGACUUCAAAAAAGAUAACCGUUGCCAGCAAGGCUUCUAAAAAAUUCCUUGGAAAUCUAUAUCGUGUUGAAGGAAUAAUUCCAGAAUCAACAUCUAAACUAUCUGACUUCCUCUGCAAACCUGAAAACAGAGUUACAUGGGACAAAUCAUUGAAAGUGUGCAAUAUGGUACAAAAGAUUGAUUCGGACAUGUUCAUAUGUCAUACCAUUACACAAAGUUUUGCCAUGGGCUCGAUUUCUCCCCGAGACUUUAUCGACUUAGUGUAUUUGAAGCACUACGAAGGGAAUAUGGAUGUUAUCAUUUCUACUAGUGUGAAUUUUCCAGGAUAUCCUCCAUCUUCAAGUUACAUCCGUGGUUACAACCAUUGUUGUGGCUAUAUAUGUUCACCUCUGCAAGAGAAUCCAACACAUUCCAAACUUGUGAUGUUUGUCCAGACAGAAAUGAGAGGAAAAUUGGCCCCAUCAGUAAUUGAAGCAACCAUGCCUUCCAAUUUAGUGAGCUUCAUUCUCAAUGUAAAAGAUGGAUUAAAGACACACAAAAUUCCAUCAGGAAGUGGAUAUCAUCAUAAUGGGCAUUCAUCAUUCCUAAAUAAGAAAUGAGGCCAUUUAAAAUCGUGUGUGGCAGUUGCUGCCUUUUACUUCUAAGUUAACAUUCACAAAUACUGUUACACUAUUCUAGACAGUGUUCUUGAACAAAUUACUUUGUGAAAAUAAGAGCUCAUAGUUGUACAAGA